GCAACCACACGUACACCUAUAUAAAUCAUCACACUCCCAGCAUUCAAUCUACUCACACACACACGCACCAAGAAAGCCAAGAACCGAUCAGCUUUGGUGUUCGAUCGAUCAAGACGAGGCGGCGGCGGGGCUGAUCGAGAUGGCGGCGCCGCCGGCGAGGUCGGUGAGCGUGGCGGACAGGGCGCUGCGAGGGGUGGCGGACCUGAUCAAGCUGCUGCCGAGCGGCACGGUGUUCCUCUUCCAGUUCCUCAGCCCGCUCGUCACCAACAACGGCCACUGCGCCGCCGCCUACAGCAGGGUCCUCAGCGCCGCCCUCCUCGCGCUCUGCGGCGCCUUCUGCGCCUUCUCCUCCUUCACCGACAGCUACGUCGGCUCCGACGGCCGCGUCUACUACGGCGUCGUCACCGCCAGGGGGCUCCGCACGUUCGCCGCCGACCCGGACGCCGCCGCGCGGGACCUGUCCGGGUACAGGCUCCGCGCCGGGGACUUCGUCCACGCCGCGCUCUCGCUCCUCGUCUUCGCCACCAUCGCCCUCCUCGACGCCGACACCGUGGCGUGCCUCUACCCGGCGCUCGAGGUCAGCGAGCGCACCAUGAUGGCCGUGCUCCCACCCGUCGUCGGCGGCGUCGCCAGCUACGCCUUCAUGGUGUUCCCCAACAACCGCCAUGGCAUCGGCUACCAGCCCACCCGCGCCACCGAGGACUUCGAGCACAAGCACUAGAUCGUCGUCGACGACGACGACUAAAUUAUUAAUUAAUUUGGGUGUUUUAAUUAAUUGAUUUCGAAUUCAUCAAAUCUUAAUUUAAACAUUUUAUGUGUGUGCGUGCGUGCGUGCGUGCGUGUGUUUUGCAAUGUCAGGGUUUGGUCCUUUGGAUUUGGAGACUCGAGUCAAAGUGUGAAGUGGCUCUGUGUACAUGUGUGUUCGAUUGUUUUUCAUGUAAUUUGAUACUAGGAGCUACCGCUGAACAUAAUAAAGUCUACAAUUGUACUGUUUUUUUUUAAAAAAAAA